AUGCCACAUCACCAUAUUGCUGUUAGAGCAGGUGUUGCUCAACGUGAUUUGAUGGUUUUAGGAAAUGAUGAUGAUGAUGACGUUGAUAAUGGUGAAGCUGAUGGACUAGUUAAUAAUGAUAAUGAAGAACUUGUUGAUAAUAAUGGAGCUGGUGGACUAUUUAAUAAUGAUAAUGAAGAACUUAUUGAAAAUGCUGGCAUAGAUCACGACGGAGAAAAUAAUGUUGCGGUUGCGGCUAAUAUUGCUUAUAACGGAGAGAAUAAUGUUCAAGCUGCCGAUAAUAUUGCUUAUGGAGAAGGUAAUGUUGUAGCUGCUGACAUUGCUAAUGAAGAUGAGGGUUAUGAGGCUGAUGCUGGAGAUAUUGUUCUUCAUAUGCCUGAACUGCAGCAUGAUUUAGUUGCGGUCUUUGAUGUUGCGGGUAACUUGUGCUUGUUGUGCAAUGAUCGGAGCAUAAACCGAUAUUUUUUACUAUGUAAGCACCAAGUAUCCUGUCACGAAUGUGUCGAAAAUUGGCGAGCAGUAUUAAUUGCUGAAAAUCGACGCUUUAAGUGCCCAAUCUGUCGAAGCCCAAUUUUACAUGUUGCCAAUGUUACUGCCGCUGCUGCGUAAAUUAUUGCCAAAAUUAUUUUUAAAGUUUUUCUGAUCAAACUAAUACUUUUUCUUUUAUUAUUAUUAUUAAUUAUAAAUCAUA